UUGCGGUACUUAAGGCUGCGGGUCCGGCGGCGGCUCAGUCUCCCGCACGGCCCCGCACAGCCCGCACCAUGACGUCAGACCCCUGCUCCUUCUCCUCCGUCACCUGCUGCGUCACCAGACACCUGAACCUCUCCCUCAGCGUGGACUUCGAGCGGCGCGUUCUGCGGGCCCGGGUCGCGCUCACAGUGGAGGUUCUGCAGGACGGGUUCUCCAGCCUGACUUUGGACACCAGAGACCUGCAGAUCGUCUCCGUGAGCGCCAAUGGACAAGCGGCCCAGUUUACGAUGGGCCCUAAACACAGCUUCAAGGGGACACCGCUGGACAUCACGCUGCCCUUUGACCUCUCCAGAGGGCAGCAUGUGAUCGUGGAGGUGACCUAUGAGACGUCUGCGUCUGCGUCGGCGCUGCAGUGGCUCACACCUGAGCAGACGGCCGGGAAGAAGCAGCCGUACCUGUUCAGCCAGUGCCAGGCUCAUCACUGCAGGAGUAUGGUUCCCUGUCAGGACACUCCGUCUGUCAAACACACCUACUACGCCCAGGUGUCAGUACCUAAAGAGCUGGUGGCUGUGAUGAGCGCAGUGAGAGACGGACAGGAAGUGGAUCCUCAGGACAACAACCGGGUCCUCUACAGGUUCAGACAGCCGGUGCCCAUGCCUUCUUACCUGAUUGCCAUCGUGGUUGGAGCUUUGGAGAGCAGGGAGAUCGGGCCGAGGUCCAGAGUUUGGUCUGAGAAAGAGUUUGUGGAUAAAGCAGCGUUUGAGUUCUCUGAGACAGAGACCAUGUUGAAGACGGCUGAGGACUUGGCAGGACCGUAUGUUUGGGGUCAGUACGACAUCCUGGUUCUUCCUCCAUCUUUCCCUUAUGGAGGCAUGGAGAACCCCUGUCUGACCUUUGCCACGCCCACCCUGCUGGCAGGAGACAAAUCUCUGUCCAAUGUGAUCGCUCAUGAGAUCUCCCACAGCUGGACCGGAAAUCUGGUGACCAACAAGACCUGGGAACACUUCUGGUUGAACGAGGGUCACACGGUCUACCUGGAGAGGAUGAUUGGCAGGUCUCUGGUCAGCGAGCAGUUCAGACAGUUCAAAGCCAUGGGGGGCUGGAAGGACCUGCAGGACUCGGUGAACACCUUUGGAGCCAACAACGUGCUGACCAACCUGGUCCCCAGCCUGCUGGACGUGGACCCGGACGACGCCUUCUCCUCGGUGCCCUACGAGAAGGGCUUCGCUCUGCUGUACCACCUGGAGGAGCUGAUGGGGGGGCCAGAGGUGUUCAUGGGUUUCGUGAAGUCCUACAUCCAGCUGUUCUCCUACGGCAGCGUCACCACAGACGAGUGGAAGAACCACCUGUUCACCUACUUCAAAGACAAGGUGGACGUCCUGAACAAGGUGGACUGGAACGCCUGGAUGUUCACUCCUGGGAUGCCUCCAGUCAAACCUCAGUACGACACCACGCUGGCCGACGCCUGCAUCGCUCUGAGCCAGAGGUGGAUCAAGGCCAAAGACCAGGACCUGAGCAGCUUUAAAGAGUGCGAUGUGAAGACGCUGUCGUCCCACCAGGUCAUCGAGUUCCUGUCCCUCCUGCUUCAGGAGGAUCCUCUUCCUCUGACUCAUGUGAAGAAGAUGCAGGAGGUUUAUGAUCUCAACGCCAUCAUGAACUCAGAGAUCCGCUUCAGGUGGCUCCGGUUGUGUGUGCGGUCCAGGUGGGAGGAAGCGGUUCCCAUGGCGAUAAAGAUGGCGACGGAGCAGGGCAGGAUGAAGUACACCAGGCCGCUCUUCAGAGAACUCUUCAACUAUGAGAAGUACCGUGAAGAAGCACUUCGAGUGUUUCAGGCUCACAGAGCAGCGAUGCAUCCAGUCACCGCCGGGCUGGUUGCCAAGGACCUGAAGGUGGAUGCCAGUAAGACCACCAGCCUGUAACAGGAAACCAGUUGAAACCAGUCAGACCACAGACCUGUAACAGGAAACCAGAAUCAGUGUUCUUGUGUUACUUCAUUCUCUGGUUCGGUUGUUUCUUUGUAAAAGUUCACAGAAGAAGAAAUAAACACAUCUGAAG